GUCAUUAACCAAAAGAAAAUAGUCAUCAACUAGCUAGCUAGUGUAGCCUAAAGCCAAUGUCUUCAUCCUCUAUAUAAGCCCUUAACCACACUCCUCAAAACAUCCAUCCACAAAACAAAGAUAGUAAUAAAAAAGUCAUUAUAUAUAUAUAGCACUAGGAGUAAUUGAGAUAUAAUGGAAGCAAAGCAAAAACUUGUCAUUUUUGUGGCACUUGUGAUGGUUGCAUCCGUUGGAAUUGAAAUAGCGGCGGCAGGAGAUUCAUCGUGUGGUUUAAGCAUUGCUGAUCUAAUGUCGUGUAAGCCAGCAGUAUCUGGUCCUAAACCAAUGCCACCAUCUGAAAAAUGCUGCACUGCUUUAGGCAAAGCAGAUUUGCCUUGCCUUUGCACUUUCAAAAACAGUCCAAUAAUAUCUACUUUCAAGAUUAAUGCAACUCUUGCCAUGGAUCUUCCCUCAAAAUGCAAUCUUAAUUCUCCAAACUGCGCCGCUUAAUUAAUGAUCGUACUCACCC